AUGGCAGCAAUCUCGCCGCUUCGUCCUUCCACCCCGUCGCAGUCCAGCAUGCAGGCGCCUCAGCUGUCGCCUCAUCGAUACCCCGCUGUUUUUGAGCCAGGCUCAUACCAGUCGGGGCAUCGGAACCUCGACGUCUUCUCUCCGGUGGAUCAGAAUGGGAGUUUCUGUUUCGACCGGGUGAUCAAACGCGGCAGAGUGAAUCGAAGAAUAAAGAACAAGGGAGCUUGGAAACCCUCAUGGAAGCCUGCCUACCUCGUGCUACGCCCAAAUCUACUGUCCGUCUAUCAAAAUGCCGACGAAACAGAUCUGAAAGCGUCAAUAACCCUCUCCGAGGUCAACGCCGUGGCGCCCGUCCGAAAAGCGCAUACCGAAAAUGUCUUUGGGGUCUUCUCACCAUCUAAGAAUUACCAUUUUCAGGGCAUAUCAGCGGUGGACACGACAGAUUGGAUUAAGCAUAUUCGUCUGGAGGCCCGGACAGAAGAGGAGGACGACUUUGAUCUCCUCACACCGCAGUUCUCCCAGAGAUAUACUGAUAUGUCAAACACAUACGAAUCGACGGACUUGUCGGCGGACGAUGUGGCCAAUACUCCUCGAUCACCGGAACGUACUUCCGCAGCCGUCCAGUCCAGACCAAGAAAGGGCUCGCAGUUAGCUCAACCGCACCAAAGGCGUGCCUCAACCCUUCAAGAAUACUCUGGAAAUGAACAAUUCACAACCUCACAUUCUGAUUUUUCGGACUCUCUGGGGAGCUCCCUACCAAGAACCUCUGGGCUUCCGCUUCAUAGACCACCACUUUUGACGCCCAUUGCAUCAUCUCAGCAACUCAACGGCCCGAGUGAUCCGAAAAUGUCGACUCAUUUGCCGCCUCAUGGUAUGCCGUACCAUGAUCCAACAUCUGACCUCGAGCGUGUCAUCCGUCAUGGAUACUUGCAGGUCCUGAAGUCGUACAAGACAGGUGUCAAAGGUUGGAAAUGGAUUUGGCUCGUCCUCCGUCCUCGAACUCUUGCCUUCUACAAGGACGACCAAGAGUAUUCAGCCCUCAAAAUUUUUCCAAUGGAUUCCAUCAUCAAUGCAGCAGAAAUCGAUCCACUCAGUAAGUCCAAAAAGUACUGUUUCCAAAUAAUUAUGGACGAUAAACCGUACCGACUUUGUGCAUUGAGUGAGGAUGAUCUGGCCAAAUGGUUGGGUGCUUUGAAGAGUGUGUUGAGCAAACGCCACGAGGCGGAGAAAGCUUUAGCAAAAGGCAAGGAGAAGGACAUGGUGGACGCAACUACUGCAUUAUCACUGCGAUAA